AUGAUGGACUUUGAAAGAUCCUCAAUAAAUGCAUUUGCUGAUAAAUUUACAACAACCACAAAUCCAUCCAUAAUGUCUGGCAGCUUUUUUUAUCUACAAAAUAGUAUUCAACGUAAAGUCCAAAAAUUUGGUUUAAAAACAAAUUAUGAACAAGAUCCGACAUUUGCUCAUCAUAUUAAUAAAAUUGCUGCUCUUGCUUUUCUUCAUCCAAAUGAUGUUGGUCAAGGUUUUGACGAUUUAUUUAAUCCAUUACCACAAAUAUUACAUCCAUUAUUAAAUUAUUUUGAAGAUACAUAUGUAGGAAGAAAUCUUUUACAAGGGCGAUCAAAACCGAUGUUUGAAAUAGAAUUUUGGAACAUGAAUCAACGAACAACUGAUCUUUUAAUGCGUACUAACAACUCGGCUGAGGGUGUGAGUCCUACUCGUCAAACAGGACCACAUUGUGUAUCAACAGUUCUUGCCAUGUUAACCGGAAAGAAACCUGAAGAUUUUCAAGGCAAAAUGAAUACACAAGAUCCAUGUUCAUGGUCACGAGUAUUACAACCAUAUGGAAUGAAAUUAGCUUAUUGUCCGAUGGAUGUACGAAAAUUAAAAUUUUACAUGGACAAACUGAUUGCAUUCGAUGAUCUCUUUACGCUAAGCUAUUAUACAACUCUUGAUCCUAAGGAAAUUCUUGCCGAUCCAGAUAAUGCAGGCUGGAUAACUGGUUCGCAUAUAGUUAUUUUACAUCGCAAUCAAAUUAUUGAUCCAGUUUUGGGAAGGACAACUCCAGCAUUGGAACAUGAAUGUAACGAUUAUCAUACGAAACGUAUUUUUCGUGUUGUGCCUUGCGAUUAUGUUCGUGGACUUUGA